AUGGAGCCAGCAAGUGAGUUUACUCAAACACUCAGUGAGUGGGUGCUUUCAAGAAGUGAUCACAGUACUCAAGAUCCAAAUAUCGGCUUUGUCGAAACUCUGUAUCAUACCUGCUCGACUGCACUGGUCUACCUCUGGAGAUCACGAUUCCGGUUCACAUCACAAAUUCCGCGCAAGAACACCUUGAAGAAGGAUGUUGCCGACAUCCGGCUGUGGGAAGAGAACUUCCCUCCCGGCCACCUCGACGCCAUCUUGGAGCAAUCACGUCAUCUGAAAACAAACGUGAUUGAGAAUUUGAAGGGAAUCGGCAGUAUUCUGAGGCUUUUCUUGACGGAUUGCAACAGUGCCGCCAUUAGCGGAGACCAAAGAGACGUUGAAUCAAGUCUUGCAAUGGAUCUUGAUGCUCAGUUGGAGAAAACAAUGAUAAUGCUAUCCUCUGACGAGAAUUCCGAGUCGUCUUCAGACGACGAGUUUUCCGAUGAUUCAUCCUCUUCUUCUGAGCGUGAAACAAACCAAUUUGGACGAAUUCAUUGCUAUGUGAGCUGCCUCAUGGAUACAGCACCAUUGAUAAACAAGCGAAUUGCCUUUUCCCAGGGUAGAGUGGAAUCACAACAGACGUCCUCCGAGAAUGUGAUGAGAUUCUCACAGAGUGCGCAGCCUUUUGCCAUGCGCAUUCAAGAUAGGUUUUGCAUUGGACUCACACCCCUGGUUGAGCGACUCGCCCAGGCAAAUUGGGAGAGGUCCAUUCGGAUCAGAGCGCAACGUGAAGAACAAUCAUAUGUUGUGGAUCGUGACACUGUGACUUUAUUCAAACCUUGUUCGAUUUUCAAUGAUUCUGGUAUUGGAACAUCUGCACCUACAAUGUCACAGUAUGCCGCUUCUGCUGCCUCCCAUACCUCGUAUCUCUCAACGCCUGGGAUAGAGGCUCACGGUCGUCCUCGAGUACCUUCCCUGCCACAGAGCGACGGACGCCCUUUUCAGUGCGACUAUUGCCGAAAGGUGAUAUCUUUGCAAACUCGGAUUGAUUGGAAGAUGCAUGUUUUUGCAGACUUGCAGUCAUACCUCUGUACACAUGCAGAUUGUGAAGAUGCGCUGGUGACAUUCCCCACCCGUAAAUUGUGGGCCGACCAUGAGUUCAACGAACACUUCACUCAGAAACAGUGGCGCUGCUUUGUAUGCAAUACCCUCACCACCACCGAAAACUCGUUUGUCGAGCAUUAUUCUGUGUCUCAUAAUAUCCAAAUGCCAGGAAGUCGAUUAGCAGCAGCAAUCUCCGAGGCACAAGAGGCAGUCUUGGGACCAGAGUUUAGAGAGUACAAAUGUGUGUUAUGUUCCCAACGUGGUUGGCAAACAAGAAAAGCCUAUGCAACUCACGUUGGACAACACCUGGAGGAAAUCUCACUGGCAAGCCUUCCGAGGGAUGAAAAGGACAGUAGUGACGCCGAUUCAGAAUCUGACAUAUCAAACGACGCGACCAAGCGAAGCUUACCGGGCGUCGAAGUUCGCCCAACAGUUUGUAGAGAGGAUCCACCAGCUAUCACACCUAUACUUGCUGGUUCAAGGGAGGGUUACGCCUAUGAGGUUGGGGAAGACCCAUGGUUACCAAAAGAAUCAAGACCUGAUUCGGACGAUUUUGUGCGGCUGAGGCCUUCAUGGCCACCGCAUUCUGGGCUCACAGAGGACUUGGUCAACAAGAACAUGGAUCUGAUAAAAGAUCCGAGUGUCCAAAGCCAAGGGGCAGUGUUCCAGGGUACCCAGCCUUCAUCGAUGGAUUCACAAAACUCUUCUGGAAGCGAAGAAUCACGUUCCCUAGGUAUUUUGACCAUGCACCACCAAAUUUCGUAG